GAGGAGGAUGAGAAAUGCUCUAGGGUUGGUCCACUUCUGCGCGUCCCCGCCCCGGGACCGCCCUUGUUUCAAGGAUGAAACAAGUAGGAGGUGGUGACCGAGAUGUGGGCCAGUUGAUCAGGAGAGCCCUGUGAGUGAGGGAGUGCAGAGCCAGCACUGAGGCCUUGAUGUCUGAGGACUGUGGCGGUCUGUCCAACAGCAACUACGACGAGCGGCCGGAGGAGAUAGGUGAGAACCUGCCAGCGUCCUUCAACGGGGACGACGAAGACCUCCAGGAGGUGAUAGGUGAGAACCUGCCAGCAUUCAUCAAGGGGAACAACGAAGAGCAGCAUUUGGUAGAAGGUAAAAAGCUUCAAGAAAAAUUUCUCAGGCUCGUCUCCCCCCUGUCUCCUGCUUGGCUUCACUGCUGCUAUGCAGUGAUCAUCUUCCUCACUGUAGCUGUGAUUGCACUUUCUGUUGCUCUGUCAUGGUCAGGAAAGACAAAACAGGUCUCAAUCAAUAAUACCUAUGCUACUUGCCCAAGAAACUGGAUUGGAUUUGGAAAUAAAUGUUUUUAUUUUUCUGAAGACUCGGGAAACCAGACAUUCAGUCAGAACCACUGCAUGGCACUAAGUGCCCAACUAGCUAAAUUUGACAGCGAAGAGGAGCUGAAUUUCCUGAAGAGAUACAAGGGAGAUUCUGACCACUGGAUUGGCCUGCACAGAGAGUCAUCAGAGCACCCUUGGAUGUGGACAGACAACACUGAAUAUAACAACUUGGUUCCCACCCGAGGAGAAGGACAACAUGCCUACCUGAGUGACAGAGGGAUCAGCAGUGGCAGGAACUACAUACCAAGGAAGUGGAUUUGUAGCAAACCCAACAGCUACACUUUACAAUGUCCAGGAGUCUCACAAUUUGUGUAGAGAGUGUGUCAAAGUGAUCAUGAGAGAUCUGUAACAUGUUAUCUACAGUUGCAGCUUCAUUUCUUUAACUUUUAAAAUUAUCAAAAUCAAUUCCCAAUUGUCAUCAAAGAUGUCAUCAUCUUUUGAUGUGGUGACAUCAAAGAUGAAAAUUAUCGCAGACCACUAUACUUAUGGGUACUUGAGAGACUAUGGGUGAUUCUAAAUUAAAUAAGUGUUUUAAUAUGGGUUGACACUCAUAUCUUAAACCUGAAUUACAAUCAUAUCAGUAUAAGUGACCUUUACUUUUAUAACCAGACAUGAAAAUGUUUUCAUUAUCUUUUCCUUUGAAUGACUGGUAUAUUAAAAAAAUGAAGGGAAGAACCAGCCAGUGGUGGCACGUGACUUUAAUCCUAGAACGGGGAGGUAGAGAGACAUGCAGAUCUCUUGUGAGUUUGAGACCAGUGUGAUCUACAGGCCAAGUUUCAGGACAGGCUCCAGAGCUACACAGCGAAACCUUGCCUCACCCUCCCUGCAAAUAAACAAACAAACAAAAAUGAAGGGAGGACAGGAAUGAGUCAAGAUGGGUGAAACACUGGGCUCCUGCAGGGGGCUAGAAGGGGAGACAGAGGAGUGGACUCUCCCGCACUCUCUCCCUACUGCCCUUGGAAUCCUGCAGCAGGCUGCAUCACAGGUCUGAAAUCACCAAGAAGGAGCCUCAGAGAUGGAUGUCACAGCUGCUGCAACCCAAGCCAGAGCCAGAGUGUUAGAAAGUCAGGGAAGAAUGGCACAGAGAAUGGCUCUAUCUCUAGUAAAUGUGCCCUGGCACAUCAGUAAUCUCUGUUAUUAGAACCUUUUAAAAAAUAUCUGUAGAUUGAUUCAAGAUGU